GCUGGAUGUAUCCCAAUGAGAGGCGCCUAUGUAAGUUGAAGACGUUCGUUCGUAAUCGAUCUUGUGCAGAAACAUCAAUAGCAGAGGGUUUUUUGGCUGAAGAGUGCUUGACCUUUUGUUCAAGAUACCUACGCGAUGGUGUGAAGACAAGAUUCAGUAGGUACGAGACUGAGGAUGAUGAAUGUGCUCAGAAUUUGUCACCUAUAUUCCCUAAGAUAGGCCAUCCAAUUGGAAUUGAGAAGAAAAAGGAUUCGACUUUUAUGAUGGAUCCACAGUUACGUUAUGAGGCACAUCGAUAUGCUUUAUUCAACACUGGAGAUGAACAAGUUGAAAAGUUUAUCGAGGAACAUAAGAAUGUAAUGAGUAAUCAUACUAGAUCAAACGCAUGGGCAAGAGCAAGGAAUCAUAGUCGGGAAUUCAGCAGUUGGUUUGAAGAGAAAGUUAAAAAUGUUGAAGUACCCGAUUAUCUAAUAUGGCUAUCUAGAAUGCCUAAUGUGGUGGGCAAGAGAUACACUGCAUAUUUCAUUAAUGGAUACCGAUUUCAUACAAAAAGUCGGGAUGCCCCACGAAAGACUCAAAAUAGUGGAGUGACGCUAGCAGCAACAACAGAUAGUUUUGCUAGUUCUACGGACCAAAAUCCCAUAGAUGGAGAGGUUAUUUAUUAUGGAGUUAUUCAAGAUAUCAUUGAGAUUGAUUAUUAUGGCCAUUUUAGUGUUGUACUGUUUAGAUGUGAUUGGUUUCAUAAUGAAGUAGAUGAAUAUGGGUUAACUCGGGUAUACUUCAAUAAGUUAUGCAGUAAAAGAUGAUCCUUUUGUGUUGGCAUCACAAGUUCAUCAAGUUUUUUAUGUGGCGGAUCCAGUUGAGAAAGAUGUUUAUUAUGCAAGGAAUAAAGUCCCUGUUGAUUUGUAUGAUCUA